UCGCAGGGUUUUAUUGGUGGAAACACCUGCCGAGAAUGGGAUGAAACCAUAACUGCACACAGAAUGGCGUCCGCAGUAGAUGCAAGUUUCUGCGAUAUAACCUUCCCGAAAAAACUGUUCAAACUGAGUGUUAAGAAGGGAGAUUGGAGCAAUUUGGAGCGAUGGUUCCAACAGACUUUUCCCUCUGUGCCUGAAGAAGUGGUCAAACUAUUUUGCGCCAAGUCUUCUGCUGCUGAAUCAGGGGUUUCUGAAAUAGACUAUGGUAAAGUGUACAUCAUGAGCGAAAUUCUGGUAAAAUCGAGAGAAAGUCCAGAAAUAUCUAAAACUGUUCGGAUCAAAAUUGAGGAAUCGCUCAAGUUCCUGACGCACGACACUUCAUAUCGAUGCAUGGCCAGUUAUUUUUUCAUCCUGCUACAUUUGCCUGUGUUCUUCGAAUCAAUGACUCAUUACUUAUUCAAAAAAGUUUUCGCAGUCAUUAAAAAAGCCCCGAGAAAAGUGCAGCAUCUUUUGCGCGAACUAUUCAAAUCAGUGACGACAACCGACUCUGUUAAACUUGUAGUCCCACAACUCAAAAUUUUCUUACGGUCCCAAUUGGCUUCGAACCCUGGCGUCAAUGUAGAUUGCGCAACAGCUUCAGACACCGACGGAAACGGGGCUAGGACACAAAAUUUCGAACUUGUAUGUUGGUUGCUGCAACUUGUUUACACCUCGAGCGACUCGGUCGUUAAACAGUAUCCGGAUAUAGAUACUAAGUUGUUCCCAUGUGACUUCAUAAAAGACGAACUCCUAGUUGAACACUACAAUAGCUGGAUCACUAGAGGACGAACCAGUGACACUGAGUUCUCAAUCUGUAACUUCUCGUUUCUCAUCAGCUCAGUGGAAAAGAGAAAACUCCUUACUAAAGUAUCGGAGGGUGAAAUGAUUUCGAUCGCGGAGAGCUACUUUAAGGAACAGGUUCAGAAGGCAACCAAAAAGCAAAGGCAGAAAAAUAAAGAAAUCCAAAUUGAUAUAGGGCAAAUAUUCCUGGAAAUCAAAGUAAGGAGGGAUCAUUUGCUUACAGAUUCUCUCAAAGCUAUCAAAGAAAACCGAGAGAACUUGCGCAGGAAGCUCAAGAUCGAGUUUGACAAUGAGCAAGGGAUUGAUUUAGGAGGCUUAACCAAAGAGUGGUUUAUGCUAGUAAUGAAAGAACUGACCGAGUGUGAUGAGUCGAAAGGUCAGAGGUCAAUUUUUACUACCAAUGAAGAGAGAAUGUUCUACUGGUUCAAUGGGAGCAACAAGAACCUUGAGAGGUACUACUUGUUUGGAUGUCUGGUUGGCCUGGCUAUUCACAACUCCACAAUUCUGGAUGUGAACUUGCCCCUGUUCUAUUUCAAAAAACUACUCAGUCCAGCUGUCUAUCAAACGAACGCGGUGGCCAUGGAGAAGUCGGCUGUUGGAUCAAUAGAAGUAUCACUCGAGUACCUGAGGGACUUCCAGCCUGUUGUGAUGAAGAGCUUGCAGGAGCUUCUAGAAUAUUCUGGGAAUGUUGAAGAAGAUUUUGGACUAGACUUCACUACAAGCGUGCAUGAGAAUGGGUCAGUGAGCACAUUCAGUCUGAAGAGUGAGGGGAGUAGAGUGGGUGUGACGAAUGAGAACAGGAAAGAGUACGUGGACAGGUACUUGGAGUUCUGUCUCAACAGAUAUGCCCACACUCAGUUCACAGCCUUCUACAAGGGAUUCCACCAAGUGUGCGACUCACAGGUCAUGAUGCUGCUGAGUUCUUUUGACCUCCAGAGAAUUGUGAUUGGUGAGUCGUCCUCCCUCGAUUUUGUCCAACUGAGGAGGGUGUGUACUUACGCAGGUGGAUUUGAUGACAACUGCACAACAGUUGAGAACUUUUGGAAAGUGGUGAAAGUAUUGGACGAGAGUGAACAGAGUUCGUUUCUGUCAUUUCUGACUGGAUGCAAGAGACUUCCGAUUGGAGGUUUCUCCGAAAUGAAAUUCACUCUGAAACAAGUGAUUGAUGCUCCUGAGGGAAGUUUACCAGUGGCUCAUACGUGCUUCAACGAACUGCAAAUGUCAAAAUACACUGAUGCUGAGGAGUUGAGGGAAAAACUUUUGUAUGCCAUCAACAACUGUCAGGGAUAUGGACUCGAAUAAUUGGCUCAAAAUGCAAAUCUAUA